CAAAACUAGAAAAAUAACAUAUUAAACGGCCUAUUUAAAUAUGGAAGAAGUCGAUAAAAUCAUAUUAGAUUCGUUAAGAAAUUUAGAAUGUAAUAUUGACGAUGAGAUUGAAAAUUUGAAGCAAUUCGAUGCCGAUAUGGUAACAUCUGCGGUAUCUUCAUGCUUGGAAGCUAUUUUACACACUUCCUUUCCCAAAAAACUGCCACCUUCUAUGAGCGCUAAAUUAAACCUAGCAACUACUCUAGCCGAGCAGAUAAAAGAUUUAGGUUUUCGAGGUGAUAUGGGCUAUCAAACUAUUUUAUACUGUAAUGUAGAAGAAGUGAGAAGGACGUUGAUGUUUCUAAUUGAAAGAUUGCCUAGAGAACCUAUUAAAACUAAUACUGUCGAGCAGCUCGGUUACGUUCCUAGAAUCGUUAAAUCUUUAGAAGAAAACAUCAAGGAUAGUUUAUCAAAAACAUGGGUUCCUAGUUGUGUUUUGAAACAAGGAGUUAGAAAAACGAGUAACGGAUACAUUGUAAAUAGUUUAGGAGGCAGUUGCUCUCUAAGAACAAGACAAAUAGAAAUUCCUAAUUCACAGGUACAAAAUGAAGAUCUAAAAGACUAUUGGAUUUACGUGGUACCUGAUGUUACAAAACAAUGCCCUGCCUCGAAAUUGAUACCAUCAUUGCUGUACAAUGAUAAUCGGUUUCCGCAGAACUUUAAUCUGAAACAUGUAAUAAAAAAAGCCGACGUACUGUCUCUUCAAACCAUCGAAAGCGACAUAAACAUUACCAGACCAAUAGAAGUUAAUAAAGACAACAACCACAAUGCAAACGUAGAUGAAAUCGAAACUGAAGAAAACAAAAUAACGAAAUUGACGGCUGAAUUAGAAGAGAAGAAACAGAAAUAUAUUGUAAUGCAAGAGAAGAUUAAAACGCAAGAAGAUUUACUUAAAGAGUUGGUUAGAACAAAAAACCUGGAGCAGGACAAUCUACAGGAAAUUCUCGCCAACGUGAAAUUAAAAACGAAAAUCCAAACUGUGCUGGAGAAAGAAGAGAAUUUGGCUAAGCUAAACAACAUGAUAGCGAAAGCUACUGAUCGACUCGAAGAGUUAGCGAGGCAAUGGCCGGAGAUACAGCAACCAUUGCUACAACAAUACAUGUCAUUGAAAAGUACUCUAACCAGUGAAGAGACUAAACAUCAAGAGCAAAAAAUGAAGGUAGAAAAUUUAAAAAGAAUUGAAGCGAACCUACAAGACGAUCUAAAAAUAAAGAAGGAAUUAAAUCAGAAUUUGCGACAGCAAUGUCAGCAAUUAAAUAAAACAAACACUAGAGCCAUGUAUACUAGACGAAUCUUAGAAAUCAUCGGUAACAUAAACAAGCAAAAUAACGACAUUGAAAAGGUCCUGAAAGACACCAGAGAGAUUCAGAAAGAAAUAAAGAAUUUAACCGGUCAAGUCGACAGAUCGUUCACCUUAGCAGAUGAAUUAAUAUUUUAUGAUGCUAAAAGCGAAGAAACGGCUCGUCGGUCCUACAAAUUGCUGGCAUUCCUUCGGGAUGAAUUCAAUUUGAUACUGAAAACUUUGGAAGAUUUAGGCGUGCUCGAGAGGGAAUGCAGAAAUUUAGAAGAGCAGAUCGAAAUGGAAAAGGCUAAAGACAUUAACAUUAAACUCGAUAGAAUCACGUCGGAUUUGAAGCAAAUACAAAAAGAAACGGAUAUGUUGAGAAAACAAUCAAUGAAAAGCUAGUCAAAAGUGUUCGAUUUUUUUUAUUGAAAUAAGGUAAUGUAAAUGCAAGUAAACUGGUAUAUAUUCUCAAAUGUUAUUUAUAUGUAUUGAAUUAUUAAAUUAUACAAUAUGAAAAU